CAAAACAUGAAACAUGAACCAGUUCAUUACAAAUUCUAUCAAAAUAAAAACAAUGAACACUGUCCUCUCAAACACCACAACUCUCCUCCAUCUCCAAAACCAACAAUUUAAUAAACACUCAAUCCCAACUCUGAAAGCAUCUCAAGAAAGCAAUGCAUCCAGAAGAAAAAUAAUGGUGACAACCCUUGUUCUCACAUCCCUACCGCAGCUGCAUUCACCUCCGGCUCUGGCCCAGAAUUGGGGCGUUCGUUCUUUCAUGUUUGAACGUUUUUUCGAGCCCGAUUUGUCGCCCGAAGACUCCGUCGCACGAAUUAAACAGACGGCCGAAGGGUUACAUAGCAUUAGAGAUAUGAUAGAAACCAUGUCGUGGAGGUAUGUCAUUUUCUAUAUAAGGCUCAAGCAAUCUUAUCUUUCUAAAGACUUGAAAAUUGCGAUGGCUACUUUGCCUAAGCCUCUCCUCAAUGACUAUGUUGACUUGGCUAAUGUCUUGGUCGACAAUAUGGCUCAGCUAGAUGAGUAUAUUCGUACACCGAAAGUCUACGAGUCCUAUUUAUAUUACGAGAAGACGCUGAAGGCCAUAGAUGAUGUUGUGGCAUUUUUGGCAUAAUAAACCAACAAAAUCUUGAUUCAGAAGUCCUAUUUCUUUUGUAAAUUUGCCUUAUUUUCUGUUUUUUGUUGAUAUACGUAUUGGAUAUUUAUGACGGAUUAAUGAUGGACUAACAUAUUAAUAUGAAAAUUUACAGAAUAA